UUUCAAAGAGAAGGAACCGGCGGUCUUAAGGUUCAUCGGGUGUUUGCGCUCAGAGAGUUUGGGGUGACAAGCUUCAGGACGUGGGCGUGGUGGGGGGAGGGAUGAGUCCGGCCCUGGCUGGCCCCAAGCAGGGUCGUGUCAGAUGGAGGCAGAAACGCGGCUGCCUGGUAGCGCGGAGCGGAGCCUACAAGGUCAGGGUCGAGGCGGAGCUCUCCGAGGUGCUGAAGCCACCCGACUCGGUCCCGCGGACGCCCCAGCCGCGGACUCCCGGGCCCUCCCGCUCCUCACAGCUCCUUCCUAGGCCCCGACGGCGCCCGUCUUCUCUGAUAGCCCGGCGGCCAACAUGCGGCCCUGAGGCUGGAAACUGCCGGCCCUCGGCUCUCUGCCCCGACGGAACCGUGACGGCUGAGCCGACCUCACCCACCCGUAACCUCUUGCUGGGGUCAAACACUCGCGCCUCCGAGGUCCCACUGUGAGCCGGGCCCUGUAGGGAGGGAGGUCCAGGCGGGGCGCAAGACCAC